UUUUGAAUGAACAUUUUUACCGCAUUUCUUCACUUUUGCAGCAGGCUUUGCCUUGCAGAUGGCACAGCACGAGCUAACAGAGCCGGGUGUGCUUUCCCUUUCUUUGUCAGGACCCACCAUGUCUGACAAACCAGAUUUCGCAGAAAUUGAAACGUUUGAUAAGACCAAGCUGAAGAAGACAGAAACAAGAGAGAAAAAUCCAUUGCCCACCAAAGAAACUAUCGAACAAGAAAAGCAAAGUGAGAACGCACCCUGAGCGUCAGAGAGAUGAUGUGACUGCUGCUUCUUCGGUGGGGUUUGGGCUUCUGCGCUGGGUUUUGUUCUGUUUUGUUUCCCCUCCCUUCCACUUUCCCCUCAGUGCUCAUUAUCCAUUUCAUUUAUUUCAUUUAGCAAACACUCCUUUCAUGUUCCCAGGAAGAAGUUUGUUUUGUAUGUGUUGCUCUGUAUUCUUAAAAUGGGAAUUCAAAGUUCUGUACCACACCCAUCACUUGAAAAAAAACAAAAAAACAAAAAAAAACAACCAACUGCAUAAAAAUGUUUUCCUAAACCUCACAAUGAAGAAGUUUCUUCCAUCCAGCUGUGUUUG